AAUAUGAAUAAUAUUGUAUUCCAUUUUAGCUCCUAGUGCCAUAAACAAUAACAAAAUGACAAAUAGCAUAUUAGAGGAAUGCCACAGAACAUUUGUAGCUUGUUAUCAUGUAUUUUAUCCAACAGCGUAUUUAAAAUGGGUGUGUUUAUGCGAGUUGCUAUCGGAAAUUGACAGAGAACAAGGACGAUCUACGAAGGAUCGAUUGUUAUCUGCUAUUUUAGCUGCACUAUGCAAUCCUAUUAUUCGUCUUCGAUGUAUAUUUCCAAUUUUAAAUAAUGUGAUGGAUAGUAGCGAUAGUAUAAAACGGCAACUCAGUCCAUCCGACAAUACUGGCUUGUUAAUGAUAAAUUCAACCGAAAGUCAUCAAUAUCCAAUCUUAGUCGAGCAAAUUAGUUAUAAAUCUCAAAUAGAAAGUUCCGGCAAAGAUACUUUAAACUGGUCAUUUCGCGAUGUCCUCGAUAGACUGUUAGAUUUGAUUCUAGUCCCUGUAAAGAAAAGUCUUUGUAGAAAAAAGACUCAAUCACUGCCAGAGUUGGUACUUCAUUGUUGUUAUUUAUUAGCGCGAGUGAUCGCUGAAUUAGCGGCACAAUCUAGUGGGAACGAGGAUGAACUUCAAGCCGCAUGCGGUAGAAUUAUGUACACUACACCUUCGAGAUUUACCCGUGUAAAUCAAACAAGGUCGUGGAAUACCGGUAAUGGCUCUCCAGAUGCGAUUUGUUUUUCGGUCGAUAGACCUGGUAUCGCCAUCGCGGGAGUGGGUAUUUACGGAGGUGUUGGAAUGUACGAUUAUGAGUUGGAAUUACUCGACGAUCAAAAUAACACGGGCAACGAUCCAUCCCAUACUCAACGUUGGAGCAGUUUGGAUUUUACACGCGGCACUUUCGGGCCAGAUGAUUGCGUUAACGAUAUAGUAGAAUUAAAAUUUGAUAAACCUGUGCCUAUCAAGGAAAAUAUGAAGUACGCUAUUAGACUGAGAAAUCGUGGAGGACGUACAAGUAACGGCGAUGUUGGUUUGAGUGUCGUUAAAGGACCCGAUGGAACUACGUUUACUUUUACAGCUUGCUCCUUAAGUUUCAACGGUACAACGCAGACCAGAGGUCAAAUACCGCAUAUCCUUUAUUAUUCGAAUCCUCAAGAUUCGGACGGUCAACAAACGAGCAAAGCAAUGGCUGAAGUACAGGCAAGAAAAUGUGCCCUUGCCAUGACAGCUACGAUUAUUCAAAGAUCGAACGAAAUUUUUGCAUUAGCGAGGGAAAGGGCAGAAGAAGUAGUAGCGACGGAAGUUCUUGGCAACGCGACAUUCGUGACAACACUUUUACCAUUGGUUAUGGCACACAUUAGCCCUUUGGCUACAUCGGAUCCGAGAAGCGGUGUUCAAAUUCUUACUUUAAUACAAGAAAUGUUACCUCAUGUUGCGGCGCUUAAUUUAUUAUCCACAAUGGGAUCAUCUGAAAUAUCUCAAGACAACGAGGUUCAGCCCCACAUUCCUACGCCAGUAACUACCAGUCAUCACUAUACUUGGUUGGAGAGUGAUCAUCCUUACAAACCUGCUACAGUGUCUCAUUAUAGAGUCACGUUUCCAGAAACAGUAAAAUGGUUAACCAUCGAAUUUACGCCAGAAUGUGGCACAGCUCAACCAGAAGAUUAUUUACAAUUGUACAUACCAAAUAUAAUUUCUCUUGCCGGCGCAAUAACAGAAGAUAUACCGUUACAUUGGCCCGUGUUGCAUAAAUUGAGCAAUAUACCGAAUCAAUGGCCUCAAAAUGCGAUCGUAUUACCAGGAAACGAAGUUAUGUUUUCGUUGGAAACUGCUUCCGAUUAUAUGAGAAACGAUAGAGCAAUUACAUAUGGAUUUAAAUGUCUAGUUAUUGGAUACGAUUGGAUAACAUCUGGAAACGGUUUAAAAAACUUAGAAAUUGAAUUAUCAUUUCUCGGAGGUGCCUGUGCUGCAAGUCUUAUGAAGAGAAAUCUUGCGCUACCACCUGUAUCUAACGAAGAAGUGGAAGAGGAUUUGGAACUGAUGCAAGAAACUGCAAAGAGGAUUUUUUCCGUACAUUCAACCUUACUUGGACGAGGAUUCGCUCUAGCUUCACCUCCUACAGUUUCCCAGGCCCUCGAUGGCGUUCUUCCGUUCAGGUGAGUAACGAAUCGAGCAACGCUUUCUUUUUUUAUACAC